AUGUGGCCAGCUGUGUUAUCAGCAACCACACCUUCUCCACUCUGUUCCAGUUCACCCCUUUCCAGGAAAUGGUGGCUCAGUGGACAGAUAAAGCACUCAAAUACCCGUCCUGCCAGCCAAAUAAAUGUUGAUAUCUUGACACAUAUUUCUUUCUUUCCCUCUUACCUAUUUCCUCUUUCUUUCUCCUCCUCUGGUUUUUACAUUCAUUUUCUAUGCUGCUACUUCAUCUUCUUCCUACCACACUUUCUUCAUCCUAUAUCUCUUUCUCCUCAUCUUCUCAUGAUCCCAUGCCAUUUUUCUCUUUUUUCUUUCUUUUUUUUUCUUCUUCUUUUUUUUUUCCUUCUUCUUUUUCUUUCUUCUUUCUUUGAUCUUUCUUCUUUCUUUUUCUUUCUUUUUCCUUUUUCUUUCUUUUUCCUUUUUCUUUCUUUUUCCUUUUUCUUUCUUUUUCCUUUUUCUUUCUUUUUCCUUUUUCUUUCUUUUUUUUCUUUCCUUCCUAUUUUUUCUUUCUUUUUUUUCUUUUUAAAAUCUCUUUAUUCUUCUUUGUUAUUAUUUGUUCGCUUUCCUUAUCAUCAAAUCUUAUCCAUCUGCCAAUCUCUCUGCGACAAACGUCAUCAGUCGGAUGCAGUGGACCGUAGCCAGCUUCAACGAUGGCUGGAUACCUUACAAAAGGCCAUGAAAGUGCUAUCCCAGCUGACACUUGUUGAACAACUGGAAGCUGUUGCCCGGCAGGUGGGGCUCAAGUUCAGCCAUCCCAAUGGACCCGAUUCUCAACUGUAUGUCAGUUCAGACAUGUUCUAUGUCCAAGUAGUCAUGGAUAAGGCUGGGAUGGCCAAAGAGGUGAAGAUUGCCCAUCAGGGAGAACCGGAAAGCUGUCAAGAUCUUCAAGACGUGCUCAGCCGAGGAGACUUCAAUGAAUUCACUUCUCAUCUAGAAGGAUUGUGCCAGAUUUAUAACAUAAGUGGUGACAAGAAACAGAAAACCAAAACUUUUCUUGCACUUCAAUCCCUGGAAAGUGACCUGAGUAUGCUUGCACAACUACAGAGUGCUAUUUCAGGUGAUUCUAACAGAAUCUUCCGGUCUCCACUGGGUAUUUUAUUGCCUCGGAAAGGGGGCCGUCCCAUGAAACUUAUUUAUUUUGUAUCUCCCUAUGACCUUCUUGACCGUAAAACAAAGUUCAAACAUCCACUCACUGUCGAGGCUAUCACUGAACACCAGCUGGGCCACAGUGUCACUAUCUCCAUAGAACAUAGUUCCCUUAACAGACUUCAAACUAUGCCCUUGAUGUCAGUCAUCAAAAGUCAGGAAGGCAAAAGCUUGCCUUCAUUCUCUGGUUUAAGCAACAUGAACAGUUGUAUGCUUCCUGCCUGUUUUGUGCUCACUCUACCCACACCACUCUCUGUACUUACCUCAUUGCUCAAGAAGAUUGAGUCCAUCACAAAUAUUGAUGUUCCCAAAUUAUGUGAGGGUAAAAAGUUGUUGGCUUUAUUAGUGGAAACUGUCUCCAAAGGACAAUUGGUUAAUAAGAAAGAAUUAUAUGUAACAUUACCAGACCAACAGCAUGUCUACUUUCUUGGCGGCCACCAUGGUUGGAUGGAGGAGGAGGGUGUUCUCAUCACAAAGAUACCCUUUACACACCCUACUAACCUUCCUAAGAUCCUUGUGUACCUACGCCAACAAAUGCUUUUUAAUACAGUGUUCAGCAGUUGCAUCAGACCAAAUGCUAAACAAGAUCCAACAAAUGCACUUGUGUUUGAGAUGUCUGCCUUGUCUUUGCACCAAGUCAAUGUAUCAUUUGAACAUCCAUUACAAGACUCUAUGGUUACAGCUGAGUUUGAUAUGAGUGACAUCACCAACUUGAAAUGCCGAGUGUGCACAGCAGUGGAUGGGCAAUCAUUCUGUUCUGAUGAAUAUGCAUCAAAAGUGUUCAACAAUUGCAUGUCGAUUCCAGUAUCAUUGCGUGCCAUCAUGAAUAAAGUGCUUGGACAAUUGAAGAAAACAAGUCCUGGACUAUCCGAGUCUCAUACUGCUUACUCAAUGGAUCGUUACUCUGGGCAUAUGAGCAGCCUUUUAUCAGGCCCAGACCAUUGCUUUUCAUCUCGUAGUCUCAGCCAACUCAACUACCCCCACCGCAGUGGGUCAGAAAACUACAAGAAUAGUCCACCUUAUCUUGACCCGGCCAAUGCUCCUCCUGAGCUGUUAGAUAGCAUCCGAGCAGAGAAGGUAGCCCGAAACCCCCUUCUUGCCACGCUUUUGGAUCAAGACACAGCAGCUGCUGCAGAGAUCCAUAACAGCCCCAUGUUGUCCAAAUUGCUGGAUGACCACACAACUGCCACAACAUGCAUGGUCAAUUUGACCAAACCAAAGAAAAACAAAAAACGGAAGGGUACCACUGAAAUGACUGGCCGAAGUCCAAAACAGAAACACGUGGAAGACACUUCAGACUUAGCUGAAGAGACUGACAAACACUUGAUCGAGAUUGAUUCUAGCAGCCCGUCAUUGUCGAGUGCAAUCAGUACUCCACCAGAGAAUUCUUCAGCUGCAGCUGUCACCAUUGAUCUAACAGAAAACUAUCCAAUGACCCGUGACUCUUCAAAGAAAUCUUCCAGCUCAAGCUUGAACAAUGUUGUCAUUAAAUUGGAGCCAUCCUCUUUGAGUUCCAAAGGGAUGAAUAUAAGCAUGCUAGAAGACAUAAAGCCUGACAUCAACAUCAAGAAAGAGUCUGAGGGUAGUAGUAGUAGUAGUAGCAGCAACACUGCUCUCAGCAUGAAUGAACCCCUUUCAAAAAACGGGGUUCCCUCCCUUGAUGACCUGCUUAACGAUUCUGGUCAACCAAUCAACCCUGAUGAUUUCACCAACAAGACACAAAAAUUGUCAGAGGAUUUUUUAGAGAAUGGAACUCUGUCCAGGAGUAACUCUGAGUUGCAGGUAGCCUCAUUCACCGGAGAGACAUUGGAUUUUAGCAAUGAACUUCUGAACCCUGACAGUGUCUAUUCAGGCAAUGAUGAUAUGGAAAUUUUCCUUGAUAAUUGUGAUAAAAUAGCAUUUGGGCCAGCAAUCAACAACUGGCCAUCAUCAUGUAACUCCUCCAGCCUGGACAAGAGUGGACCAGGAAAUUCACGUCCCAUUCCUAUCCUGGAAAAACUCAGUGAGGACGUCAAGGAGGAGCGAAAUAUUGUUAAGCCAUCAAGUGAAUCUAACAGGCACAAAAGCAUGCUGGAAGGUGAGACAAAAAUUUUGGCUGUGAAGGAAGAGGGAAAAGGGGAGGGCAGUAGUGGUGGAAGUAAGGUAAUGAAAAUUCGCCUGUAUACGAACGAGUCAAAAAAGACAGAUAACUGGAAUUUUGAGAUUCCCAAUCCCAAAAGUCGUGUUGAUUCAAAGCCAUCUCCGAAUGACAGUUUUGGGACAACCAUCAAAAUAAGUUCCCCUCAUCAAAAGCAUUCGGUGAACUCUCGUAGCAAGGAUUACCACAGCAGCGAGGGAAAGAGUGAAAAGUCUAAAAAGAAAGAGUCAAAGCAUGGCAGCUCAAACAGCGAGAUUUCUGGCAAGCGUCGAAAAGAAAAAGAAGAGAGUAAGAAAGAACGGAAAAAACGGAAACAAGAGAAGAACGAUGACUAUUCAGGAAUGGUACAGGGUGCUGUGUACAGAUCCACACAGGUCGAAUCUUCGUCCGAUUCGAAACCCAUGCCUAAACUGAAGAUUACAAAAAGUUUUCUGAAAUUAGAUAAGAAGGUAUCAAACAUAUCGGAAUCCUCAAAACGGACAAGCGAGAAGGGCUCCAGUUCGAAAUAUGAAUUGUCCGCCUCAUCUGAAAAGAAUACGAAGUAUGACCAGGUGGAAAAAUUUAGCAGCAGUUAUCUGAGCAGUAGCCACUGCAGCGGUACCACCAACAGCAAGGAGAUCUCCGAGAGGGGACAGAAAAGCCAUCGAGCACCUCGCUCACUGUCUUCAUCCUCUCACACUUCACAAAAUAUUACGGUGAAUAAGGAAGACUCGAAGCUAAUCACGAAAACACCAACGGUCAAGUUAAAACCACUAGUAAUGCCAGUUACUUCUGGAUCGUCAGUCAAUGUCAGCUCUGUCCGAACGCCAUCAGUUUAUUCGAGUGCUACUCAUUCAGGUAACAAGACAACCACAACAACAGUUGCCACAAGUACCAUCUUGUCAACAUCAUCGGCAUCCUCGUCCUCAUCUCCUUCAACAUCUCCGGUCACUCCAAUUGCAACAACUGUCUCUUCCCUGACAACGAAAAUUACAGUCACACCUAUCAUCAGUGCAAGUGUAUCAGGUAGCAACACUACAGCCAGCAGCAGCCCCAGUACGACGAGCAGCAGUGGGACCAGCACUUCCACUCUCAGUGCAACGGUCAGCAGUAGUACAACUGCUAGCAAUAAUAGCACAGUCAUUGAUAAACUCACCAAAACAAGCACAACAAAUGUACAUGUCAGCAGUGCCAUUGAUGGUAUGAUUACUGCGAAAUCAAUGUCCAAGGACACGUCCACACUUGGUGAGGAAGAAGACGAGGAGGAGGAAGAUGAUGAUGAUGAGGAGGAGGCAUCGUUGUCUAAGCCGCUUUUGUCUUACAAAGGUAGCAGCCUAUCCAUGGUGACAUCCGCUUUGUCAACCUUGACUGAAACAAGUAGCAGCAUUGGUGCCAAUGGAGGAACCAUUUCUGGUGGCAAUGGUGACGGUAACAAUAGUUCCAGCAACAAAAUGGCAAACAGAGAGCCUCCACUUUUGUUGGCCGAGGGCCGUCAGGAUUCUGCUGAGAAAAAAGAGCAUAGGAGUAGCUCAAAACGUGAGAGCCACUUGUCAUCGAAGCUGGAAACUUCUGAAAGUAAGAGCAGUAGUAGUGGCAGCAGUAGCAAACAUAGUUCAAGCAAAUCGCACAGGGAGUCUCGAUCCGCAGCUAUGUCUUCCACUUCAAAGGGACUGUCAAGAGAGAAUGGACGCUACUCUCAAGAUGUCUUGGAGCUGUCAAGCCCUGGCCGCAGUCAGUCUUCAUUUCUAACAGACAGCAUAAAAGUAUCGCGGAAGAAUGAAUUUGAAGAACGGCGAAUAGAGUCACCCCACGAAUUAAAUCCAUCAGUCAAACUCAAUGACAACAGUCACGACCCUCGGAAUCUUCAAACUAAGCUUUCAAGUGACUGGGAAUAUUCUCGUGAUUCCUCCAAGUCCUCAGAAAACCUGGAGGUAGAAAAUAAAGGUAGGUAUAUAUCAGAAACCAGCUCCAAAUCCUGGAACAGGUUGGACUCUGUCGAGGAAGAACCUGGAUGGUGCUCUGAAAAACCACUGAGCAGUGGCAAUGGUGCACCCAAGCAGUCGUCCUCUGACAAGACUUGUUCCGACAAUUCCAACAAUAGUGCCGACCGUGAGCUCCUACACAUGGUACUGAACAAUUGUCGUGAUCUAGACAGCAGUACUUCUGUGCGGACUGACAAUUCGGGGACCAAACUCCAUGGCUCUAUUAGAAGAAUGAAGAGCCACUCACAUUCAGGUGACACCACCAAGUUUAAUGGUGAAAGCGACUUCUCAAAAAUGCUCUAUGAGCCGCGAGUCCUCUCAAGGCAAACUGAUGAGGAGGACAAAAUAGAGGACCUGUCCAACUCCUCAGGUGACUUUGAAAAACAGAAUGAUUUCGAUGAGGGUCAAGAAGGAACAGUUGUGAAACGGAAGUUGCGGACUUCUUCAGUGAACCCUGUUAGUCCUGGCAGUGAUGCCAGUAGCACUGAGAAUGGGUUAGUUAUUGACUGUAUGUCGUCACCCAAAAGUUCACAACAAUCACAACAGCAGCAGCAACCACCACCACCACCACCACCACCACCACCUCAGCAGCCACGGAAACAUUCUCCUGCUCCUGUCAUGGUUUCAUCAAAGGCAGACCUUUUCACUUCACAUGAUAGUAAACAUAAAUUUCCUAGUAGGUCCCCCACGCCAUCGCCAAGGCCCAAAACAUCUCCACCCCUCACACCUCCAGAUUGUCUUCUCCCCCCUCCCCAUGGGCUAGACAUUUUCCUUCAAAUUCUCUCUCUCUCUUCGUUUCAUCAUUCCCCCCCACUCUUUUUCUCAAACCCUUCCCUUUCUUUCUGUACCUAA